AUGUUUAAAAAAGUAAUAAAGUUUCUUUACUCUUAAAAAAUUGAUUUGCAUUCUGAUAUUCUUAGUUUAAAGGAAAUUUAGUCUGCCAUUAAGUCUGUGGUAGAGACUCAUGAGGAGAAUUUUAUUUAGUAAAUCAAAGUAGGGUAAUUUAAUCCUUAAUUGUGGUUGAAAAUCAAGAGACAUUAUAUUGAGCCAAAUGAUGCAAUUAGAAUUAUAAAAGCAUUAGGAGAAUAAGAUUAAGCUUAAAGAAAUUAAUUACUUAAUAAAACAUAAACCACUUAGGAAUUAAUAAAGAAUGACAUUUAUAAUUAUUUUAUUAAAUAUUUUUCAAAGAAGUAUGAAAAAUUGACAUUCAGUUAAAUUGCAAUAGUAUUAGAAUAAUAUGCAUACGUUAAAAGGUUCGAUUAAGAUUUUUUUCGAAUUAUGGAAAAUGAAAUAUAUGAUAGAUUAUCUGAUAAAAAUGAAAUAAUAAAAUAUUAAGAUGUCGAAAAGAUUUUAUGGGCAUAUUAAUAUUGUCAUUAUGGUUCAGCAAUUCUUUAUGGUUAGCUGGCAUCAGUCAUCAAGAUUGCUUAGCAUGAAAUAAAUCCCCUGAAACUCGCUUAUUAUUCAUAUCUGUAUUCUAAAUGUCCAGACAAUCAGAAGGGUGGAUUUGGAAUAUAUGCUGUUACCGAGAAAUAGGUCUAGCAAAGGAUAAGAGAUUAUAAUUUUGCGGAUUUUAUCAAAUUAGCAUAGUAUAUAUUUACACCAAAUAUUUGUUCAAAUGCUUUCUAAUUAGUGAUUGAAGAAUAAUUGGCUGAAUAGUUUCCAUCUAACAAAAAUUUAUUGCCCCAUGACUUAGUUAAACUAUGUAGGGCAACUAUGAAUUAUUAUUUUAAAUAUAAUGAUAGGUCUCUUUAGCAUAAAAUAGAGGGAGCUUGCAUUGAUUUGAUCGACAAAGUUAAUGAUAAAUAGUUCUGUUCAAUCUUCUGGAGUUUCCUCAAAUCAAGAAAAGGAAACGCAGAAUUGUAUAAUAAGUUUUCAGAUUAAUUGAUUAUUAGACAAAAUCUAUUAUCUAUUAGAUAAUUGACUCUAUUGUAUCUAAACGCUUCAAACAAUUCUGAGACUUUUGAUAUAUCAAAAUUAUUAAAUGAAAUUAUAGUAAAGAAACUUAAUGCAGAUUAAUAAUAACAGAUUAAACCGACAUAUUUGGCAUAUAUAACCAUUGCCUCUAUGCAAUCGAAACUGUAAAUACCAAUUUAAUUAACCUCUGAGCAUUUGAAACAGAUAUCCACUCCUUUAAAAGUAGCCAUUUUAUAAACUCUUUAAAUGUCCUUACCUCAUUUGGAUUAAAUUAAAUUAUCCAUUUUACUUAUACAAAAUCUUUAGGAAAUUGAAUUGCCUUAUGAAGAUUAGGUCAUUCUUCAUUAUUGUGAAAAAUACUUUUAUAAAUUCUGCUAGUAAAAGUAGAUUCAGAUAAAGCAAACGAUUCAUAAAUCGUUGUUUCAUUAAGCUUUGUACCUUGAUCCAUAAAAUGAGAAUCUUCACAAUUAAUUAAUAGUUUUAAACUAAUAAUAUAAGGAUGAAAUGAGGUUCUUUUUUAAAUAGGAUAGUUGGGUUGUAAUUGCUUGGUGUUUACUUCAAGAACACUUAUUAACAAAGGAAAGAGUAAUCAAGAAAGAACUAAUACAGGAGGCUUGUAUGGGUAUUAAGGAAUUAGACAUAAAUACAAUUUUUCAUGUUGAUAAAUAUGUAGAGAGCUUAUGGAUGGUUAUUUUGAUUGAGAAACUCAAUUUAGAUGUGGGAAUUGAAAAAAUCUCUUAAUUUAUCAAAGUCUCUCAUUAUGCUUAGACAAGCGUUUUACUCAACAAUUUCAAAGAUUCCUAAUUGCUGGAACUGAAAGAUGUGCUCAAAGAAUCAUUGUAAAAAUAGUGCAAAGACAUAAGCUUAAAGUAGGAGUUCAAUCAGUCUUAUAUAAAUAUGUUUGAUUAAGGAAUAGGGAUGAUGCUUCAUGUUACUCAUUUAAUAAAAACUAAAACUUAAAAUUUAAAAUUUGGCUUAAUAGUCUUGGAUCCUUCAGAUUUUGAAAUUCAAUUGAAUGAAGAAAAAAAUAUUUAAACGAGAUUGGGAGAGCAAGAUUAUAAUUUAUUGAAACAUUUAAGAAGGGAAAGGUAAAUAUAAAGGCUUGUCUAUGAACAACUUUUCGAUUGGAAUGUGGAAUAUAUUUAUCUUGAAGAGUUCUAAAGUUACAGCAGAGAAUAGCAAUUAGAAUAUUUGGGUAAUGUUUUUGGUUUGAAUCCACUUGAAGAGGAGGAUGUAGAAAAGGUCUCAGAGUAGAAAUCAAAGAAGGGGUUAAACUUUUAGGAUAAAUUGAAUUCAUUAAAAUAAUAGAAGAAUAGGAAUAGAUAUGAAAAAACAGAGACUAAUGACUUAAUAGAAAAUGAUCUUAAUUUUGAUUAGUGA